AUGGAUUGUGUUAACCUUGUGACAGUCAAUUGGAAACCACUGGAAUUGAUGAAUGCCGGUAGUUUCCGUAAAAUUGUUGACCCUAUUCUUCGUGCCCUUUCGCUAGAUGAUAGACUUACGAUCAGCGCAGAUAAUACUGGGAAAUUAGUUAUUCAGGAAGCAAAACAAAUAAGGGAAAGGAUCAAACAGGAAAUGAAAGUUCUGCAUAAUCGUCUGGUGUCAGAGAAGCAAUGCAACAUGGAAACAGACAACUGCAAUACCUUUCAAGCUCCACCCAGUGAAUCAGAAGAUUCUGCAGCUGCUGUAGUUGCAAGAAGAAUAGCGGAAAAAUUCAGUCAGAAAAAGGAUACCUCGAACGAAUGUGUUCAAGCAGACGACUUAAGACUUCAACUUAGGAAUUUUCAGGAGCAAGAACCUCAGCCUGAGUUCUGCAAUGUGCUUGCCUAUUGGAAAGGGAAGAAGCACACAUGGCCAGAAUUAUAUAAACUGGCCAUAAUUGAACUCGCCAUCCCCGCAACCCAAUUCAAUGUGGAAAAACUGUUUUCGGGGAUGCGAUACAUAUUUUCAACGUUACGGGGUAACUUGAAGGCUGAUAUUCUUGACGCUAUUCUCCUUAUAAGGUGCAAUAGUGAUAUGUUCAAUAAAAACGAAUCGGAUGAUGAGGAUCAUGAGAUCGAGAGCAAAAGAAUGCUAUUGUUAGAAGAUUAG